CCUUUCCUUAACUUUGUGGCCCUUACACCGUUUGAGUGGGUGAUCCUGGCGACCAUCACGGCCAACUGCAUCGUUCUGGCCCUGGAGCAACAUCUUCCUGGGGAGGACAAGACUCCCAUGGCCAAAAGACUGGUGAGACUACAGGCCUUGAUUGGUUUAUAUUACAUUUUUAGGCAGCAUCUCAAAUGGCACCUAUUCACCAUAGUGUUGUAACUUACAGUAAAUGGGUUACAGAGUUAAAUGUGGCACAGCUAAUUUAAUUAAGAAUGAUCUACAGAUGUUAUUUACAAGAGUCAUUGUAUUGCAUUGCAAUUAAUGUGAUUGAGAACUAUUAGAAUGUUUAUUUUGUAGGCCUAUUGGUAAAAAAAAAACUGCAAGUACCAGAAUGCCUUGUGGCAGAAAGUGAGAACAAGAAGUUCUGAAUGAAUCCAACAAGUUAUUCACAUUGCAGUGCGCUAGCUACCUUUCUUUUAUUGUUUUGUACAGUCUAAAGUGGUAAAAUGUAACAUUAAUUAUUUAAUUCACUAAAAUAACUGACGUUCUGAGUCAUUACUUUGAAGAUAGUUAAUCUAUAUAUUAUAUACAUUGAGUGUACAAUGUAUACUCCCCCUCCCCCCCUUUGCCCUCAGAACAGCCUCAAUUAGUCGGGGCAUGGACUCUACAAGGUGUCGAAAGCGUUCCACAGGGAUGCUGGCCGAUGUUGAAUCCAAUCCUUCCCACGGUUGUGUCAAGUUGGCUGGAUGUCCUUUGGGUGGUGGACCAUACCUGAUACACACGGGAAACUGUUGAGUGUGAAAAACUCAGCAGCAUUGCAGUUCUUGACACAAACCGGUGCGCCUGGCACCUGCUACCAUACCCUGUUCAAAGGCACUUAAAUAUUUUGUCUUGCACAUUCACCAUUUGAAUGGCACACAUACACAAUCCAUGUCUCAAUUGUCUCAAUGCUUAAAAAGCAUUCUUUAACCUUUCUCCUCCCCUUCAUCUACAGUGGAUUUAACAAGUGACAUCAAUAAGGGAUCAUAGCGUUCACCUAGAUUCACCUGGUCAGUCUAUGUCAUGGAAAGAGCAGGUGUUCAUAAUGUUUUGAACACUCAUUGUAUAAUUGUGCACUACUUUUGACCAGGGUCCAUAGGGCAUUAUAUACAGAUUUAGGAUCUUAAUUUGAUGACUCUUUUGUUGCUGAGAAUUUUCCUGAGGAAAUGCAAAGUUGUAGUGUGUUUGAUUUUUUUAAAGGUUUCUAAAGUUUGCAAUUCCAUUUUGAAAUUUCAGACUUGAUUUGCCCUAACGAAAAAUGUAUUAACCCCUAAAAUAAUUAACAUUUCCUGUUGCUGGAGGAUUAUUUUCCUGCUGGCUCAAAUUAAGAUCCUACACCUGUAGGGUAACUAGGGUGCCAUCUUGGCUCCUGGCCCUCUGAUAUCCUAUUGUAUCCAUGUUGUCUCUUCCUCUACAGGAGUGUACUGAGCCUUACUUCAUCGGGAUCUUCUGCUUUGAGUUUGGAAUCAAGCUGGUGGCCCUGGGCUUUGUGUUCCAUAAAGGCUCCUACCUGAGGAAUGGAUGGAAUAUCAUGGACUUCAUCGUGGUGGUCAGCGGGUGA